AUGUCGAAGGCGGCCGGGGGCGCAGCGGCGGCGGCGGCGGCGGCGGAGAGCGGCCCCUCGGCCCCGGCGGCCGGCCCGUGCGCCCCCGCCGCCGUCGCGGAGGACCUGUCCAAAGUGUCGGACGAGGAGCUGCUGCAGUGGAGCAAGGAGGAGCUGAUCCGCAGCCUGCGGCGCGCCGAGGCCGAGAAGGUGAGCGCGAUGCUGGACCACAGCAACCUCAUCCGGGAGGUGAACCGCCGCCUGCAGCUGCACCUCGGCGAGAUCCGGGGGCUCAAGGAUAUUAACCAGAAACUCCAGGAGGAUAACCAGGAGUUGAGGGACCUCUGCUGUUUCCUGGAUGAUGACCGGCAGAAAGGCAAGAGGGUGUCCCGGGAGUGGCAAAGACUGGGCCGCUACACAGCUGGGGUGAUGCACAAGGAAGUAGCUUUAUAUCUGCAGAAGCUGAAGGAGCUGGAGGUGAAGCAGGAGGAAGUGGUGAAGGAGAACAUGGAGCUCAAGGAGCUUUGCGUGCUGCUGGAUGAGGAGAAAGGGGCCGGCUGUGCAGGCAGCCGCUGCUCCAUCGACAGCCAGGCCAGCUUGUGCCAGCUGACAACCUCCACUGCACCGUAUGUGCGGGAUGUGGGUGACGGCAGUAGCACUUCCAGUGCGGGCAGUACCGACAGCCCUGACCACCACAAGCAUCAUGCAAGUGGUGGCAGUCCUGAGCACCUGCAGAAGCCCCGGGCCGAGGGGAGUCCUGAGCACUCCAAACACAGGAGCACCAGCCCUGAACAUCUGCAAAAACCCAGGGCCUCUGGCACCCCAGAUCACCCCAAAGCACUCAAAGGACCUAGCCCUGAGCAUCAUAAGCCCUUAUGCAAGGGCAGCCCUGAACAACAGAGGCACCCACACCCAGGGAGCAGCCCUGAAAUGCUGCCCAAGCAUAUGCUCAGUGGAAGCCCAGAACAUUUCCAGAAGCACAGGCCGGGGGGCAGCCCGGAACAUGCCAGGCACAGUGGAGGGAGCCCUGAGCACCUUCAGAAACACGCGCUUAGUGGGAGCCUGGAGCACCUGCCCCGACCCAGGGGCACCAGCCCUGAGCAUCUCAAACAGCAUUAUGGUGGAAGCCCUGAUCACAAACAUGGAGGAGGAGGAGGAGGAGGAAGCGGAGGAGGAGGUGGAGGCAGCGGUGGAGGCAGCAGGGAGGGCACCCUCAGACGGCAGGCGCAAGAGGACCUAUCCCCCCAUCAUCGGAAUGUCUACAGUGGCAUGAACGAAUCAACCUUGUCCUAUGUUAGGCAGCUGGAGGCAAGAGUAAGACAGCUGGAAGAAGAAAAUCGCAUGCUACCCCAGGGUUCUUUUAGGUUGUCAUCAGGGGCAGAAGGGAGUAACAGUUCACCCAACUCUCCAGCUAGCUUCAGUGGACAUACCACACCUGCUCAGCAGCCUGAACCUGUGGUACAUUCUCUUAAGGUUGUGUGGAGGAAACUUGGAGAUGCUGCAGGUUCGUGUCCUGGAAUUAGGCAACAUUUGUCAGGCAACCAGUACAAAGGGCCAAUGUGAAGAUUACUCUUCUUUCAGACAUAAGAUCACCACUGCCAGAGAAAAAAUAAAAGAAGAACGAAAAGUAAAGAGUAUAUUUCCAUAGACCUAGACUCAUGGAAUGAUUGUACAUUGCACAUAUCUCCCCUCUAUAACGUCCCCCAUCAUGCUGAUAUAUUUUGUGUGUCUAACUUCAGUGUUCAUAACAGGCAAUUCCAAACAGUGUAGAUUUGAAAAAAUAAAUCACCGUUUUAGUAGUCAUGUUUUCAUUAGCGCUAAAGUGGUUUUAACUCCCCAGAUUUAAGAUUGCAAUUGGGAAACCUGCAUGAUUGUCAGCAUCUCAGAGAGCCUCACUGGCUUUGAUUGAAUUGACUCAUGGCAUCUAAAAGUGGGAACCUUUACCAUGAUGUAAGGAGAUUCGAAGAGGCAUUUUUCCAGCUUCCUGAGAGUGACAGUUGGGAAACUUCCUCUUUUACCUCUUACACUUCAAUAAAGGAAAUAUUCAUUCCUGAUGCAUACGUAAUGAGGAUGUGGGAGACUAUUUGGUUUCUAGGAUUUUGUUUUGACUUUUAAGGUGCUAAAUAUACCACAUAAGUUGUUUUACCAGCUAGAAGGAUAGAAAGACUUUGUAAGUGCUCACCAGAGAGUAUCACUUAUUUCAGCUGAGCAAAAUAAGUAGGUGUUUUUUGUUAAUCUUGAUGAUUGCUCAAAAGGUACAUCUUGGGGACAUGUCAACCUCCAUACUCACACAGUAUAUCAAUUUCAACUGAAAAACAAGCAAACAUAAUUUUCUAAGUGUUUUGAGCUGUGAUAUCAAUUUCUACAACUUAGUUUUUAGACAUGCUGUAUGUUUAAUAAACUUCAUGUAAACUUUAAAAUAUUGCACUGCAUUUAUGGGGGGAAAAGCUUUGUCUCCUGCAGCUAGCUAUCUAACCUAACGCAUGCCCUUCAUUAUUGAGGCUAAAGCUCUUGUUCAGAUUGCUUGAGAUUUGAAAAAGAGGCGUGCUAGCUUUGCUUAGUUUAUUCCUUAUUUUUGGUAGAGAUAUAUAAUAUUAGAAUGUGUGUAUAAGAAAUGCUAUGAUAGAUAUUUUGUGUUUCUCUAAAUUCAAUGAUAGUUUCCUGGAUGAAUGUGCAAGAGGCCUGUUGACAGAAUGCUACCUUUCUACUGUAGUUUAAGGUUAUAAAAGUAGGGAUGCAACAAUUCCCAUUCUGGGCAUAUCUUCUAAAUCACGGCAAAUGAUCUUUGUUGUUUCUAAAUGGGCUCAUUACAAUGUAUAAUGGUCAUUAGUGGCAAAACCUGAAGGAAUUUUGUAGUACUUAAAAGGAAAAAGUUUAACUGUGAUGAAAGACUAGCCCUCUAUUUUCAGAAAAAUUUUGUGAAUUCAUUUACUAUAGAAUUAUCUCUUUCUGUAUCACAAUUGGGUUAGAGUUUAAGCCUUUCUUUUAAGAUGUUAUAUUUUUAAAUAUUAUUAUUGUGUAAAAGAAAAUUGCUUGCUAUAUUUACACCUUUGGUCACAGAAGAGCUUUCAUCCUGAAUUUGUUGCAUUCUUCCACCAUGAAGACAUUUGAAACAAGUUUUUUGUGUGUGCGGCAGAGCCUGAAGAAGCUAAUUGGAGGAACCCACGUCUUUUGAGAAAAUACUUGUGUAAAUUUUGAUACUGUAUUAAAACUAUUUUUUUAAAGUUCCACCUAAAACUGAGUAUUAAGUAUACGUGUUCAUCUUAGCAAU